UCGUAGAAUCGUACCGAGUAUAGCGUCGGGUAUCUUAUCCGUUUCAGUUUCUCGCAAUGAACUACUUGCGGAGUUUGUUCUUGUUGGAAGUAGCUACGUUUGCUUUUGGGGCGUCGCUCUGUUGCACGGAAGAGGGCGAUUCGGCACCCUUGCUCGGUUAUAAGUUGAACAUCCUCGAAGGUGUUUUGAUAAGCGUAACGGACGCGAGAGCCAGUAUCCUGGACUUGAGGGACGGAGAGGCCUUGGCGGGUAUUCAAGAACGGGCUUUCGCCGAGUGCGCGAACGUCCGGGAGCUGUUGUUGUCGGAUAACCACAUCGCCCAGCGUUUGAAGGAACGUCAUUUUCUCGGACUUGUGCGCCUCAAAAAAUUGAUAAUCAACAACAGCUCGGUAAGAGGUGUCGAACCCGGAGCCUUCGCCGCAUCUUCCGAAUUGGAGGAGCUUCAUCUGGCCGAGAAUCGUAUACCGAAUAUCAGGGAGAACACAUUCAGAGGUGUACCGCAUCUCCUUCACCUCGACGUCUCGAGAAACGUGAUCCGGCAGAUAGACGACGGGGCAUUCGAUGGACUGGGAGAAUUGAAGGAACUAUACCUCAGGGGAAAUCGCAUUCGGAGCAUCGGCGCUCUGACCUUCCGAGGUCUGCAAAAUCUGCAAUGGCUGCAUUUGGGAGAGAAUGAAAUAGCGCGCAUCGAAGAGCGAGCCUUUGGAGCACUGUCGAAACUUGGUGGAAUUUAUCUGGCCUUUAACAGUAUUUCCGCUGUGCCGGAAAACGUUUUCGUUGAUAUCCCUUGUCUCACCGAUCUCUACCUCGCUUAUAACAAGCUCACUCAUUUGCGAAGGGAAAGUUUCACGGGGGUUGGUUCGCUCAAAUAUCUGGACAUCGGCAACAACCUGAUAGGGGCUAUCGACAAAGACGCGUUUAUCGGACUGUCGAAUCUCCGGACGUUACGGUUGUCCGGCAACAGAAUAUCAACGAUUCACGUCAAUCUGUCAGCCGAGGCCGUCGACUUGCUCCAAAAUCAGCAGAUGCCGAUCGUCUCCCAAGACUCUUUCAGGGGAUUGUACAAUCUGAAAACCCUGUUGUUAGCUCGUAAUCAAAUUUCCGUGCUCCCCUACGCGGCGUUCAAAGAACUUCGGGGUCUCAAGUAUCUCGAUUUGUCCGAGAAUCAGCUACACACGAUAAAGAGGUGCGCUCUGAACGGCAUCGAACAGUACAUACAGAUCAAUCUCAGCGGAAACGACGUCACUACGGUAGAACCGUUGCGAUGUUGACGCGCGUAUAUGAUCACUCUCAAAGAUAUUUCCUUCGUUACCGUUCUACAUCCACGAUACGUUCUGCAGCGGGUCUGACUUACCACCGACGAAAAAACGAAUAGAGGGGGAAGAAUCGGGAAACGUUAGGAAAUAGUUACAAAUGUGGAACAAAUUUUGCGACAGCUUCGAUAACCGAUAAAAAAAGAAGAUGAAGUAGUAUUUGAGCAGAAAUAAACAACUUUCAAGAAAAAUAAUCAGAUUCCGGAAAACUACUAAACGAGUUACAUCUAUUUAUCAAUGCAAACUAACACGUAUAUUAUCGUAUAUUGAUAUUAAUGUUAAAUGAGGAAUGACGUCAAUGACGAAUCGAUUAAUCGUUCAACUCGAUGGACGGGUUUUUUUUUUUUUUAUCAAUUCUUCACUUCUCGUACCGAGUCUGAUGCAUUGAUCGGUUAUUUCACUGAAAAUCGAUGAACGGUGAUACGGUGAGACAAUCGACUGAAACUGCUCACUGAAAUUGAGUUCUCUCCUUUCAUUCGAGAAUCACCGAAAUUUUCAGAACGCAUUAUCACGUACAACGUGCACAUUACUCGUAUUACUUAACCAACGGUAUUUUUUAUCGAGAUAUUCCGAUAACAUCUGUGACUUAAAAGACUCCGUCGAGUCUGAGGUCAUCUUACUAUAGAUACGAUGCGUUAAUAAUUGAGCGAGUAGUCAGUGAUUUUCUCGGAAACGGUUUAUCGUCGUCCCUGAGCUCAUGAUCAACGGGGCAAGCGAUCUCGAACCUGAUAUAUCAAUUCUCCAACUGAAAUUUUAGCCAUUAGAAUCGUUCUCUCGCCGAAGACCAGACAUCCCGGAACGUUGCCGUUCGCUCGAUCCAAGUUUUCGAAUCGAAAUAAGUUCGCACGCUUGCAACAACAUGAAGUUCGUCGCAUUGUUCGUCGUUCUUCUGAUUUUCGUCGAUCUGUCCGUGCAGAUUCCCAAACUAGUCAACUGCCCGCCCGAUUUCGUGCUCUCGGAAUCGAUGAGAAACGGAUGCGGGGUACUAACUUGUACCGGAAGACACAGUGUCAGCGGUGUCGGAUGCGGCGUUUGGCAAUGCCAGGAAGGAAAACAACUGAGUUACAUAAACUCGGACAAUUCCAAACCAUAUCCAGAUUGUUGUGGCGGACCAGUUUGCGCAGAUUAGAAGAAAACGGACGAGAAAAAAAUUUACACACGUACAUAGAUAAUAGUGAAAUGCAUAUUCAGCAAUACCGUGAAUUGGGCCGAAUCAGCGGGAAUUGAAUGAAGAUAAAUUGCCCAGGGCCAUGAAUAUAUAUUACAUGUAGCCGACCGAACAUAUUUGUCGUAGUGUAUAAACUAUACGUUUAAAAAACAAGGGAACAAAAUACUAUAGAAUAAAAUAAACAAGGACUAUAAAAUGAG